UUUUGAGGGAAGCAUAAUUUUUUUAACUGACGAAAAACAGAAUGCAAGAGAUGAAAAAAAUGCAAGGUGUAACAGCGUGAUAGUUGCGCUUCCAUUCCAUCACCAGAAGCAAAGUCGAAGUUGUUCACAUCAGAGCCAAAAACGUCGUCGUUCACUGCUCUCUCUCUCUCUCUCUCUGGAGUAGCAAAUAGCAACAAGAUCAAUGAGACAGCACAAGCAAGUAGCAUCUGCUGCGAGACCGAAGAUUCUAUAUCUGGUCUUUGCCGCUGCAUUCUUCUCCCUCCUCCUUCUCUUCUUCAUCCAAUCCUCUUUCUUCUCCGGCUCCGUCUUUUCAGAUCGUCGCAACUCCGAAUCAAUUCGUGAUCUAUUUCAGUUUCAGUCCACUGUCAAGCAAUGUGUGGCUAAUAGGGGGCUUGGACUCACUGCAGACAUUAUUGACCACUGCACGUUGGUCCUUAAAUACCCUGAAGGCACCAACAGCACUUGGUACAAUCAGCAGUUCAAAAAAUUUGAGCCUUUGGAGUACACGUAUGAUGUGUGUGAGGCAAUACUACUAUGGGAACAGUACCGUAACAUGACCACAGUGUUGACAAGAGAGUAUCUUGACGUUCGUCCUGGUGGUUGGGUAGAUUAUGCUCCACUAAGAAUAGCACAAUUGGGGGCAAAGAAGUGCUAUAAUAAGACUCUUUGUGAAGAACAGCUUAAUAUAUUAUUACCCGCAAAACCCCCCUUUCACCCACGGCAGUUUCGUACUUGUGCUGUUGUUGGGAAUUCUGGGGACCUUCUGAAGACAGAAUUUGGCAAAGAAAUUGAUAGUCAUGAUGCUGUUUUUCGAGACAAUGAGGCCCCUGUUAAUGAGAAAUAUGCCAAGUACGUUGGUCUUAAGAGGGAUUUCCGUCUAGUCGUGAGAGGUGCUGCUCGCAACAUGGUUCCUAUCUUAAAUGGUUCUGAUGAUGAGGUACUCAUAAUAAAAAGUCUGACACACAGAGAAAUCAAUGCAGUUAUAAAGACUCUACCAAAUCCAGUCUAUCUCUUUCAAGGUAUUGUACUGCGUCGAGGUGCCAAAGGAACUGGAAUGAAGUCUAUCGAAUUAGCACUCUCCAUGUGUGAUAUUGUUGAUAUAUAUGGUUUCACUGUUGAUCCGGGAUACACUGAAUGGACAAGAUACUUCUCUGCUCCUAGGAAAGGUCACAAUCCACUUCAAGGAAGAGCAUACUACCAACUUCUAGAAUGUCUUGGGGUAAUCAGGAUUCACUCCCCAAUGAGAUCCAAGAGGAGGCAAGACUGGUCAGAUGUGCCAAGUAGAGAAAUGAUAAGCCAAGCACAUGCAGCAGCUUGGCACUUGAGAAAGAGUUCAGCUGAUAAGGCUGGUGGUAAAGGACAGUUUGGCAAUUGUAAGGUGUGGGGCAAUGUGGACCCAGACAAAGGCGGGCCUAUUUCAGGAUCAUCAGAUAUGAGUGAUGUCAGAAAGUAUUCAAAUUAUAAAAAAUGGGAAGUCAUGCCUUUGAAAAGUUUGAGGAAAGAAGCACAGGUUCACUACAGGCAGAUGGAAGGGGUCUCUCAAUAUAAAAUGGAUGGCAAUAAGUUGGACGAUCUAGUCUGUGUGAGACACUCCUUAAAAUCUGAGGUGUAAAUGGUGUUUUUCAGUCUACUUUUAUUUGCUGACCACACCCAACUGUCUUCUAAAUGAAAUCUGGGAUGAAGUUAGCUUGAGUUGCUGACUUACAGUUCCUCAAUAGCUCCUCUGUUUCAUCAUGUAUUGCGGCUAGCAGAGCAUGGAAAGAAUCAUAGUUCCAUCGAGGGAAAACGUGAGAGUCAAUAUGUAUAAUUUAAUUGGUAUGAGUGAUUUAUAAUCAAGGUUAUCCAUGGUAGAGAUCUAGAAAUCACAAUAUAGGAAUUCUGACUACAGAAGUUUGAUGUGCCUCCUUUCAGGUUUAGAUAGACAAUGCUGUAUUUAUUACAAUGUUUGAUUGGCUGAAGAAAGAAUUAUCUGAGGAAAACAUUUUUCUUUUAUGUGAUGAUCAACAAAGUCUAUAAAGGAGAAAAGUGAUGGUCAGACAUUUUGUAAACUGGUUUUCAUGAGUUUUAAUGGUAUUUUGUAGCUAAGCUGUUUUGCUUUGUUCAUGUUU